CGACUGAAAGGCUAGCAGAGCAAAAAGGUAAUAGUCCUACGGUAUAUGAAUUAAGCAAUGCGGGUAAUGAUCAACCAAUUGAUCUAGAGAAUAUAAAACCGAUGAUUUGCCGUAAAGUUAGAGAUUCUUCAAAAAGACCAAGAGUGAACAGAUUGCAAGCCGUCAGUAAAAUGUUCGGUAUGGGAAAAGAAAAGAGGAAUGGAGACAAAAGAAGGUUGAAAAUCUCUAGACGAAUGAUGGAGCAGUGA